ACCAAAAGACAGGCACAGACUGCUUUGGUGGAACGAAACAACCCCCCAGAUCGGCGGGUGCCUAGACAGGUCACGUGCGGUGCCCGACAUCGGUUCCAUGUCACGCAUCAUCACGAAUACACUCCAUCUGUUGCGCGCGUGCAAGAUUCCGUCGACGGUUAGUCUUGAUCUCAAUAGCGGCUCUUGGCCUCUACGCUUGUUCCUUUGUCAUCGAGAAUCGGCCGGCGACCUUCGCGCAUCACCUGGCUUUCUGCAUACUGCUCCAUCAUAUCACCGAUUUGUAUGUCUCGAGCACCUCAUCCGGAUCAUGGCGCCGAAUCAACGUCAUCGGAACGCACGCCUCUGCUUUCAGAGGCCGCAGUGACACCCGAGCGUUCAUCGAAAACUCCAUUAGAUGGCAAACCAUCAAAGCCUCCACCCCAAGCGGAUGGACAUGUCGCCGCAAAUCAAUCCAUUGGUCUCAUCAGAGGCAUUCUCUGCACCAUCUCCUUGGGGUUCUUGGUAUUCCUCCAAGCGACCAACAUCAGCAUGCUCACCACGACCAGCUCCAAAGUCGCCGGCGAUCUGGAUGCGUUUGAGAAAGCCACCUGGUUCACAUCCGCUUAUCUCAUUGCCAUGAGUGCUCUGUCUCCGCUGAACGGGAAACUCGCGUCACUCUUCGGUCCGCGAAACUGCAUCUUUGCCUCUACGCUUAUCCUUGCCGCUGGGUGUCUGGUGAGCAGUGCCGCCGAAGGCUUCGAGGUCUUCAUUGUGGGGAGGUGCAUUACUGGAGUCGGUGCUAGUGGCAUCUUCACCAUCAGCAUCAUCAUCGUUCUUGAGCUGACGGGGUCGAAACGGAGAGGACUCGCCAUUGGUCUUCUGAAUUCCGGGUACACGAUUGGAGUUGCUGUGGGCGCUGUAGCUGCAGGUGCACUACUUCGCCCGGUAGGAUGGAGAGCGUUGUUCUGGAUGCAGGCGCCCAUCGCACUGACCGCCGGAUCCGUCCUCUUCCUCGCCAUACCCCACGACUUCACGGCUGGCAAGAAGGGUGCUUCUGAUCAGAGCACCCUGCAACGUCUUGCUCGGAUCGAUUACCUCGGCGCUAUCACGCUAACAGCAGCGAUAUCCCUCGUGCUGUACGCCCUCUCUUCGCCCCGCAAAGUUCCGCUCUUUCCGAUUGGACUUUCGAUACUCGUGCUCGUCACGUUCAUCCUCAACGAGGUCUAUCUGGCAUAUGACCCCAUCAUCCCAAUUGCCUUGCUCCGAUCUCGUGGCCUCCUCUUGACCUGCUUGGCGACUGUCGGAUACAUGAUGGCGCGCUGGUGCGUUCUCUUCUACACGCCCACCUUCGCCCUCGCCGUACGUCAAUGGACUCCUGCAACAGCCGGCGCGAUUCUCAUUCCCACCAAUGCUGGCUUCGCCGUUGGCGGCCUUCUAGUCGGAGGCCUGCACAUCAAACGCCCCGGAUCGUUCUGGCUGCCAACUACCAUUGUAUACGCAUUGUUUCCGUUGUCGCUCGUCAGCCUUGCCUUCUUGGUGACCGAACACAGCUCAGCCUGGUUAUUCGUCAUCGUUGUCUUUUUCUGUGGGGCUGUCACCGGAGCAGCAGUCAACUACAGUCUCGCUCACGUGCUGCACCUCACCCCUUCAAGCACGCAUUACGUGGCGAGCUCGCUCGUCGCUACGUUCAGAGGAUUUGCCGGAUCUUUCGGAUCCGCGAUAGGCGGCGGGCUGUUUGUUCGAACACUCUACACCUCUCUUGAGGACGGGUUUGAGGAGCGCGGACUGCGGCACAGAGAGGAUCUCGUGCGGAGGCUACUUGGCUCGCCGGACUUGGUUGAGAAUCUGGGUGGGGUGGAUCGAGAAGUUGCCAUACAUGGGUAUGAGCAAGCGUUGAAGACGUUGUUCAUUGCUGGCGCUAUAUUGGCCGGUGUUAUGAUUAUCGCGCAAGCUGGGACAGGUUGGACUGCUCCGGAGGAGGAGCUGGACCCGACAGAAGAGGAUGACCGGACGAAUGAAUGAAGAAGACCACAUAG